GGAAACAAACCCUGAGCCGGCGUCUCGCAUUCCCGCGGCUCCCGCCCGGGGUCGCUCUUCACUCUGACUCGCGCUGCGUCGAUCCUCAGAGAGCUCCGCGGGGCUGUGGGGAGGUAUACAAAAAUUAAAUUCUGAAUAAGUCUACAAGUAGAAUGGAUAGUUACUUUAAAGCAGCUGUCAGUGACUUGGACAAACUCCUUGAUGAUUUUGAACAGAACCCAGAUGAACAAGAUUAUCUCCAAGAUGCACGAAAUGCAAAUGAUUCUAACUACUGCUCAGUUUCUUCAGAAUUGGCUUUCUCAGAGCUAACUUCACGGCUGUCAAAGAACCAACAAUGCAUUAAUAGUUGUGCCUCAUCAGAAACACGAUAUGAAACAAAUAAGAGUUCCCUGAAUGAUAAGACACUUGAGGGACUAUCUUCUACACAAAAUGAAAAAAAUGUAACAGGACUUGAUCUCCUUUCUUCUGUGGAUGGUAGUACAUCAGAUGAAAUCCAGCCUUUGUAUUUGGGACGAUGUGGUAAACCAGUUUGUGAUCUCAUAAGUGACAUGGGUAACUUAGUUCAUGCAACUAAUAGCGAAGAAAAUAUUAAAAAAUUAUUGUCAGAUGAUUUUAAGUCAGAUUCUUUGAUUGGAUUGGACUUAUCUUCAGUGUCAAAUACACUCUGUGUUUCCUCAAGAAAUCUUGGUAAUGAUACCGUCAAAGAACAACAGAAUAAUGUCACCUCUGAAUUACAAAACGGAGAAGUUAUUGGAACCAAAGAAUUAGUUGUAGAAGUAGAUACAACAAUUUCAGAUUCUUGUAAUUACAGUGAAACAGAAAAUUUAAAGGAUAAAAAGACCCCUAAUAAAUUAGAAAUAGUUGUUGAUUUUAACAUGUCAUUGACUCAACAAAAUUCCAAAAUGUUUGAUGCCAAAAACAACCCACAACACAAGAGCCAACCAUGUGAAUUAUUAAAAGAUGAUGACUGUUUGGUAAAAGAUGAGGUAGAGGUGGCAAUCAUAACUGCUGCAGAACGUUUAAAAGAAGGAAGUAACUCAAGUGCUUUGCCUUGUAGUCUUCCAAAAAACGAAGCUUUAUGUUUAAAUGAUUUAAAUUCAAGAGAUGAAAAUUGCAAACUACCUGACUUUUCCUUUCAGGAAGAUAAGGCUGCUGCAUUUAUAAAACAAUCUGCAGAUGAAGACUCAAGAAAUUUAGACCUUAAAGAUAAUAACGAUAGAGUCCAAGAUUCCUCUUCAACUUCACAUGCUUCAGGUGAAGCCAUACAGUGCUCAUUGUCUUGUCUUCUAGAAUCUGGGUCUUUGUGUGGAUCACUAAUUGAAAAUAAAGCACAUGGUGAUUAUUUACCUCAGAAUGAACAUAAAGAUAAUGUAGAAGAUGCAAUGACUAUGUAUGAAGAAAUACAAAAGAGUAUUGUUCUAGGUGGGGAGCCAUUCAAGGAGACUGAUUUUUUGAAACAGGAAAAAUGUAAAAACUUAUCUCUUCAGCCAUUAAUUGAAAAGACAGAAGAUAGAAAGGUAGAUGUUGAUCAGACAGUAAUUAGAGCUGAAUCUUUGGAUUGUCCUGAUAAUACCAAUUCUUCUGCAUCUGCAGAAUCUCAAGUAGAGCUUUCUGGUACUAAUGUCCCAGGGUCAUCUGAUUGUUGUGAAGGUUUUACUUUUUCAAGUGAUGAUAUAGACGGGCAAGACUUAGGUUACUUUAAUAUUUACGAAGGCACCAAAAGUGGUACACUAAUUAGUGAUGCUGAACUUGAUGCCUUUCUGACAGAACAGUAUCUUCAGACCAAUAACAUAAAGUCUUUUGAAGAAAAUGUAAAUGAUUCAAAAUCUCCAAUGAAUCAGAUAGAUAUAAAAGGCUUAGAUGAUGGAAACACCAAUAGCAUAUAUUUCAAUGCAGAAGUAGGAGCUACUGGGGAAAGUCAUGGUAUUGCCAUGAUUUGUGAAACAGUUGAUAAACAAAAUACAACUGAAAAUGGUGGCCUUUCUUUAGGGGAAAAAAGCGCAAUUCCAAUUGAUCAAGAGUUACCUACCAAUAAGUCUGAGAUUACAAAUGAAUUAUCAGUCUCUGAUAUUAAUAGCCAAUCUAGUGGAGGGGCCAGGCCUAAGCAGUUAUUUAACCUUUCAUCAAAAACAAGGACUUCAAAGGACCUGAAUCAGCUAGAUAUUCCAAAUAUGCCAGACAGCGAACCCAAUGUAGCAAAUACUGUUGUUCCAACCAUUUGCGCUACAGAUUCCACCACUGAUCCUCAGGUUAGCUUCAACUCUAAUUAUAUUGAUAUAGAAAGUAAUUUUGAAGGUGAAUCCAGCUUUGCAGCUGCAAAUGAAGAUUCUCUACCUGAAAACACUUGCAAAGAAGGCUUGGUUUUGGGCCAGAAACAGCCUACUUGGGUUCCUGACUCAGAAGCUCCAAACUGUAUGAACUGCCAAGUCAAAUUUACUUUUACAAAACGGCGACACCACUGUCGAGCAUGUGGGAAAGUAUUUUGUGGUGUCUGUUGUAAUAGGAAGUGUAAACUGCAAUAUCUAGAAAAGGAAGCAAGAGUGUGUGUAGUCUGCUAUGAGACUAUUAGUAAAGCUCAGGCAUUUGAAAGGAUGAUGAGUCCAACUGGUUCUAAUCUUAAAUCUAAUCAUUCUGAUGAGUGUGCCACUGUCCAGCCUCCUCAGGAGACCCAACCAUCCAGUAUAGCUUCACCUACAAUUUUGCCAAUCUCAGCACUUAAACAACCAAAUGCUGAAGGACUGUGCUCCAAAGAACAAAAGAGAGUAUGGUUUGCAGAUGGGAUAUUGCCCAAUGGUGAAGUUGUAGAUACAGCAAAAUUAUCAUCUGGAAGUAAAAGAUGUCCUGAAGAUUUUAAUUCUCUCUUACCUGAUAUGCCUAUGACAGUAAAUACAGUGGAUCAUUCCCAUUCUACUACAGUGGAAAAGCCAAACAAUGAGAUAGGAGAUAUUACAAGAAACGAGAUAAUUCGGAGUCCUAUUUCUCAGGUCCCAUCAGUGGAAAACCUGCCUAUAAACACAGGAAAUGAAGGGUUACCUACUUCUGGUUCUUGUACAGUAGAUGAUGAUGUUUUUGUAGAAAUUGAGGAACCAGCUAGUCCUAUCAGUGUCUUAGUUAACAGCAGUUUACCUGUUGCUGCUAUUUCAGAUUAUAGGUUACUGUGUGGUAUUGACAAGUAUGUUUGCAAUAAGAUUAGUCUUCUACCUAAUGAUGAGGACAGUUUGCCCCCACUUCUGGUUGCAUCUGGAGAAAAGGGAUCAGGGCCUGUAGUGGAACACCUGUCUUAUGAACAGAUCAUUGUGCUUCUUGAAGGCGGAGCGUUUCAUCCUGUUACAUUUGUCCUAAAUGCUAAUCUGCUCGUGAAUGUCAAAUUAGUAUUUUAUUCUUCAGAAAAAUAUUGGUACUUCUCAACCAAUGGAUUACAUGGCUUGGGACAGGCAGAAAUUAUUAUUCUAUUGUUAUGUUUGCCAGAUGAAGAUACUAUUCCUAAGGACAUUUUCAGACUAUUAAUCACCAUAUAUAAGGAUGCUCUAAAAGGAAAAUAUAUAAGAAACUUGGACAAUAUUACCUUUACUGAAAGUUUUCUCAAUAGCAAGGAUCAUGGAGGAUUCCUGUUUAUUACACCUACCUUUCAGAAACUUGAUGAUCUUCCAUUACCAAAUAAUCCUUUUCUUUGUGGAAUUCUUAUCCAGAAGCUGGAGAUUCCCUGGGCAAAGGUUUUUCCUAUGCGUUUAAUGCUAAGAUUGGGUGCAGAAUAUAAAGCAUAUCCUGCUCCUGUAACAAGUAUCAGAAGCCGAAAACCUCUUUAUGGAGAAAUAGGACACACUAUUAUGAACUUACUUGUUGAUCUUCGAAAUUACCAGUAUACCUUGCAUAAUAUAGAUCAGCUAUUGAUUCACAUGGAAAUGGGUAAAAGCUGCAUAAAAAUACCACGGAAAAAAUAUACCGAUGUGAUGAAAGUGAUAAAUUCUUCUAAUGAGCAUGUCAUUAGUAUUGGAGCUAGUUUUAGUACAGAAGCAGAUUCUCAUCUAGUCUGUGUACAGAAUGAUGGAGUUUAUCACACACAGGCCAACAGUGCCACUGGCCAUCCUAGAAAAGUGACCGGUGCAAGUUUUGUAGUAUUCAAUGGAGCCCUAAAAACAUCUUCAGGAUUUCUUGCUAAGUCCAGCAUAGUUGAAGAUGGCUUAAUGGUACAGAUAACUCCAGAGACCAUGGAUGGCUUGCGGCUAGCUCUACGAGAACAAAAAGACUUUAAAAUUACAUGUGGAAAAGUUGACUCAGUAGACAUGAGAGAAUAUGUGGAUAUCUGUUGGGUAGAUUUUGAAGAAAAAAGAAACAAUGGUGUUAUCAGUUCAGUGGAUGGAAUGUCAUUACAAGGAUUUCCAAGUGAAAAAAUAAAACUGGAAGCAGAUUUUGAAACUGAUGAGAAGAUUGUGAAAUGUACUGAGGUGUUUUACUUUGCAAAGGACCAGGAUUUAUCAAUUUUAUCAACCUGUUAUCAGUUUGCAAAAGAAAUAGCCAUGGCUUGUAGUGCUGCACUUUGCCCUCACUUGAAAACUCUAAAGAGUAAUGGAAUGAAUAAAAUUGGACUCAGAGUUUCCAUUGACACCGAUACGGUUGAAUUUCAGGCAGGAUCUGAAGGCCAACUUCUGCCUCAGCAUUAUCUAAAUGAUCUUGAUAGCGCACUGAUACCUGUGAUCCAUGGUGGGACCUCCAACUCUAAUUUACCAUUAGAAAUAGAAUUAGUAUUUUUCAUUCUAGAAAAUCUUUUUUAGUGAAAGAAUGUAUAUAUUAUAUACUGCAAACUGAUUUGUUAAAACUAACUCUAGCCAUAAAGCUGAAAGGCCACAAACACUAAAAGUAAAUAUUUCUGAUGUCUGAAACACAUAAGCUUUGCUCUUUAGGCAGAAAUUAUCUUUUGAAAUCUUUAGCACAAUACUUAAAUAUUUAAAAAUUUAAGAGAUCCACAGUUUUUAAAGCCUUAAAAAUUAAGUACUAAAAGAGUAGGAUUUCUUCUAUGUUCAAGAAAUUUUAUAGCAUUUACUGUGUUAUUUAAAUGCUAAGCCAAAGUAUCUGCACUUAUGUAUACCUCUUUAUGCCAAGAAUGAUUUUAAUGAAGGCCCUUUCAGAUGUAACCUUAUGAAGGAAAUAUCUUUUUUGUGUAUAUGCUGCUUGGAAUACUGGUUUUUAAAAUACUGUCAAAAAUGUAUUUCAUUGGCACAGACCAGUUUUGAGAUCUUAGACUAAAAAUUCUUUGAGUAAAGCUAAUAACUUAUUUGUAUAAUUGGAGUGGAGACUUAUCUCCAUGAUUAGAUAAACUCUGAUUGUUUGGAUUAAAAUCAGAAUUUUGCCUUUUUUCUUCUCAAAUUAAUACAUAUACAUACACACGGACACAUAUAUAAAAACACAUAUACAUCCAUAUAGUUUUUCCUGAUUAAAUGGGUAUUCUUAAUUGUGGGUGCUUCAGGAUUUUGUGCUUCUAUAUUUAAGUAUAUUGUUUUUAUAACAAGAACAUAUGAAUCUGAAUGUGUUUUAUAAAUCUUUAAUAAUUUAUAUAUAAGUAAUAUUUUUAUAUUAUAGUAUAUUAUUUUUCCUCCUUUCCUUCCAAAGUAUACCACUGUAUUUACCACUUCUAAGAGUGAUUGACGACAGGCAAGAUAACCUUUGAAGUAGUCAUUAUGUAGCAAUAAAUGAAGCUUGAAACAGACUUUUUACUUCUACUUUAAUCCUUAGAAAUUUCUUGGCAACUGUACAUAUUUUCAUUGACACCAAUGUAUUAAGUGUAAAUUUUAAUGAACUAAUUACUUUUACAUAUUUAAAAUUCUGUAUAUGGUAAUUAUCUUUUUAUAACAAGAUACUAACAUAAGUUAAAUUCUAUGUAUUUGAAAUUGUUAUAGAGCUUUACUCUUCAACUUCAAACAGCAAAAAAAAAAAAAAAAAAAAGUAAAGGACAUAUUUUUAGUCCUGUCAUUUAAGUUAUAUAAAAUUUAAUCAUUAUUUUGAUGCUUUAAAAAUUCUUAUGUGAAAUACAUGUUUUUGUAUCAAAAACACAUAUCUCAAGUAAAAGAAACUACACUAAAUAUCCCUAUUUUAAGAAAAAUAUUUAUGAAGCAUCUCAACUUGAAGAUCAAGUCAAAGUUAUAACUCAGGAUCUGAGAUCUCAAGCUAGUGGGGACUGAGAAUUUUAUAAGUUUGCCCAUAUGGUUUGACUGAAUCACAUCUGUAAUACUAGCCAAAGACACAGUUUGGAGGAGACUAUCAGCCUUCUGGAAAUAGCUACUUCAUGAACAAUGUAAAAUGUUGCAGAUAUUAAAUAAAAUGGCAACAUGUAAUAACUUGUGAAAUUUAUUGAAAUGGUGUGAGAUAAAAAUUGCCUAUCCAGUUUGUUUUCUUUUUAUAGUGUGUGUAUUUUGCAGUGUAAGUAAUUGCACAGUCAAUGAAUGUUGAACUUACCUUAAAAUAACCAAAUGGUGGAGGGCUCUUCCUUGAUGGGAUAACGUAGCAUCUGUUUACAUGAUGUCUUUACAUUCAGUAAAAUUUGGAGUUAUGUGCC